AUGGAUUCCCUACUCGCCAACUACGCCUCUUCAGAUGGUGAAGAAGAAGAAGAACGACAACCAACACCACCCAAAACGACGACGCCCUUCUCCUCUCUCCCUCAACCCAAAUCAUCGCUCUUUCAAUCUCUUCCCCAACCCAAAUCCUCGUCUUCUCUCUUUCAGUCUCUUCCUCAACCCAAAUCAUCGUCUUCUUCUCUCUUUCAAUCCCUUCCUCCGCCAAAACAACCUUCCCUCGCCACUUCCAGCGAAGCCGCCAACCCUAAACCUAAACCCCAAAUUCAAGAACCACAGCCCAAACGCGUCGUGCAAUUCAGGCCCCCAAUCAUUCCUCUCCCAAACCCUACCCAACUCCUCGACGACGAUGACGACGACGAAGAAGAAGAACGAAACAGAAGAAAGAAAAAGUUAGAGUCCUCCAGGCAAACUUCAUCCGUCAAAUCCUUCCUCGCCAGCAUUCCGGCGCCAAGGAAUGCUGCCACUCUCGGGGUUCAAGCGGGUUCCGGUUCAGGCCGGAGAUCCAUCAUCGAAACCGAAUCAGCGGCAUCGACACUGGCAACGGCGUCGAAUUCUGGCGAUUCAAGUAGUGUUACCGCGGAUCAGAGUUCAGGGGAUUACGAAAAUUAUGAAAAUUAUGAGAAUUACCAAUAUGCCAGUGACCAGUAUGCUGGUUAUUAUGGCAAUUAUGGUUCGGGUACCGAGUCAGGGAGUUUGGGAACCGAGCCUGAGGCUGGGCCUGCUACGUAUGGAACUGAACAUUAUGGGAAUUACGGACAGUAUGGGAAUAAUUGGGGUGACGUGUCAGCAGCACCGGUGGCAGAAGCGUCUGGGAUUGGGGACAGUGUGGUGAGGAUUCCUGGGAAGAGAGGGAGGCAUGAGGUUCCCACCGAAGUUAUUGAGGUGAAGCAAGAUGAGUUGAUUAAGAAUCGGCCGAGAGAGGAUCAAGUCAAGCUUACUGGGAUUGCUUUUGGACCCACUUAUCAGCCUGCUUCGACAAAGGGGAAGCCUUCAAAGCUGCACAAGAGGAAACAUCAAAUUGGUUCAUUGUACUUCGAUAUGAAACAAAAUGAAAUGAAACUGGCUGAGCGGCGUGCAAAGGGCAUGCUUACCAAAGCUGAAACGCAAGCAAAAUAUGGAUGGUGA